CCCGCCGGGGAGGGGAAGAAGGGCGGUGCUGUCGACAGCCGCUCACUAUAUUGCCCAGAGCACAGCGACGCUUUGCCCCCUCUUUGCUCCGAGUUUCAUCGAGUCUGUACCGCAAAGUGAUCCGGGCCGGGAAAAAAAACAUGGCUGGAUAUUUGAAAGUCCUCAGCUCCCUUUCGAGGUCCGCCGCCGCUUUCUCCAGAAACCCCGCGGUGCUUGCGCCGGCUGCAAAUAUCCAGAGUGUGCCUCAGAGAAACUAUGCCGACAAACGCAUCAAAGUGGCCCAGCCGGUUGUGGAGAUGGACGGAGAUGAGAUGACCAGGAUCAUCUGGGAGUUCAUCAAAGAGAAGCUCAUCCUGAGCAAUGUCGAUGUUGAGCUGAAGUAUUAUGACCUGGGUCUGCCGUACCGUGACCAGACUGAUGACCAGGUCACCAUCGACUCCGCCCUGGCCACUAAGAAGUAUCACGUUGCGGUCAAGUGUGCCACCAUCACACCCGACGAAGCCAGAGUGGAAGAGUUCAGCCUGAAGAAGAUGUGGAAGAGCCCCAACGGAACCAUCAGGAACAUCUUGGGCGGCACCGUCUUCCGCGAGCCAAUCAUCUGCAAGAACAUUCCCAGGCUUGUUCCAGGUUGGACGCAGCCCAUCACCAUUGGCAGACAUGCCUUUGGCGAUCAGUACAGAGCUACAGACUUUGUUGUGGAUCAGCCCGGAAAAUUCAAGAUGAUCUUCACACCUGCUGAUGGCAGCGCAGGCAAGGAAUGGGAGGUGUACGACUUUCCCGCUGGCGGCUGCGGAAUGGGCAUGUACAACACCGAUGAGUCUAUCACGGGCUUUGCACACAGCUGCUUCCAGUACGCUAUCGGCAAGAAGUGGCCCCUGUACAUGAGCACAAAGAACACCAUUCUUAAAGCCUAUGAUGGCAGAUUUAAAGACAUUUUCCAGGAUAUCUUUGAGAAGCACUACAAGCCUGAGUUUGACAAACUGAAGAUCUGGUAUGAGCACAGGCUUAUUGACGAUAUGGUCGCACAAGUGCUGAAGUCUUCUGGGGCCUUUGUGUGGGCUUGCAAGAACUACGACGGAGAUGUUCAGUCUGAUAUCCUUGCACAGGGUUUUGGCUCUCUGGGAUUGAUGACAUCAGUUCUCGUGUGCCCCGACGGCAAGACUAUUGAGGCUGAGGCCGCCCACGGCACUGUGACCAGGCACUAUCGCGAGCACCAGAAGGGAAGGCCGACCAGCACCAACCCCAUCGCCAGCAUUUUCGCCUGGACCAGAGGCCUGGAGCAUCGUGGCAAACUUGAUGGCAACCCCGACCUGAUCAGGUUCUCCCAGAUUCUGGAGAGGGUGUGUGUCGAGACUGUUGAGAGCGGCACCAUGACCAAGGACCUCGCAGGAUGCAUCCACGGCCUGUCCAAUGUCAAGCUGAACGAGCACUACGUCAAUACUACAGACUUCCUCGACGCCAUCAAGACAAAUCUGGAUAAAGCCCUCGGCAAGUGAAGGACUUGAAAAAGAAUAUAGUUAGCCUGGAGAAGGCGAGUCUGAUCAUCUGUUUUUGUACCUCAUUUUUAACUUAAAAAGGUCAAUAAAUCCACUUUCACCUGAAGUAAAACUAUGUACUGUCUGUAGCAUUAUGUAGUAUUCUAUUAGGGUAUUAUUAAAUGGUCGACAGCUGUCCUUACACCCAAUGCCUCCCUAACCGUCUGUCCCAUUCUUCGCAAGGUUUUAUUUUUGUAAUGUGAAGUACUGUAUUCAAUACUGUGUAAUGCCUUGGGCAGGACUGAAGCCUACGUCAAACAUAUUUGCCAAUAAAUCACUUGUUUGACCCAC